AAAAUUAAAAUUUAAAACAUAUCAUCAUGUUGAUUAGAACAUAAUUAGGGCUCGUUAAGGUCGUAAUUGAAAUCAUAAUUACUCAUUAAAAGAUCUAAAGAAAGCGACCUAUUUGACCCUUAUAUGAAAUAUUUCUCAGCUUGAUAAUUAUGCAAAGCUGUGAAAUUUUUUAUAAGCUUGGUGUACUCAGUGAUUUGUCUUAAAUAGAAGUUCUUGUCUGAUUGUUGUCAUUCUAAAAAGUGUAGUCUAACUAUGAGUAUCGCCAAACGUAAACGCAAUGACCUCUCACUUGGAGACAAGUUUGAGGUAGUCAAGUUACUUGACAAAGGGCAAAAACAAACAGAAAUAUGCAAAUUGCUAAACAUAUCCCAAGCCCAGGUAUCGAGAAUAAAGGGCAAGAAAGACGAAAUAUGUAAAUCAAUAGAGACCAACUCUAACACAAAACGCAAAAGGGUAGUCAGUGGCAAAGAUGCCGAGGUUGAGAAAGCUCUUCUAGAGUGGUUUAAGAAUGCUAGAGAGCGAGACAUACCACUGUCGGGCCAAAUACUACAAGAGAAAGCCAAAGAACUUGCAACACAGCUUGGCAAAGAUGAUUUUGUCGCCACCAAUGGUUGGCUUGAAAGGUGGAAGGGCCGCAACAACAUAGUCUACAAGAAAUGCCACGGGGAGAAAAAAGACGCUGACACUGAAGCAGCAGAUGACUGGGUUACAAAUGUUCUUCCAGAAAUACUCAUGAACUACAACCCAGAUGAUAUCUACAACGCUGAUGAGACUGGCCUCUACUACCGAGCUAUUCCAGAUGGAACACUCACUGAAAAAUUUCAUGAUGUUGCAGGCAGCAAAAAGUCAAAAGAUCGCAUCACCGUCAUGGUUGCAGCUAACAUGACCGACACUGACAAAAGACCUCUACUUGUCAUCGGCAAAAGUCAACAGCCCCGCUGUUUCAGAGGUGUCCAACACCUACCAGUCACUUACAAAGCCAACAAAAAUGCAUGGAUGACUUCCGAAUACUUCAAAGAGUGGAUAAAGGCAUUUAAUAAUGACAUGCAGAGGCAACGUCGUCAUGUCAUAUUACUGGUUGACAACUGCAGUGCUCAUCCCGAGUCAGCUGGUGCUGGUCUCCAACACGUCGUGCUGAAGUUUUUGCCUCCCAACACUACAUCAAUCAUUCAGCCAUGUGACCAAGGUAUUAUUCGGAACCUAAAAGCAUACUAUCGUAGUAACAUGGUCAGGAAGGUGAUUAGAAUAAUAGAAGCAUCAGAGGUUAAACUGACUGCAAACGCUCUUGCUCGCAAAUUAACAUUGUUAGAUGCAGUUCAUUUACUAAAGAAAUCUUGGAGUUGUGUCACUACCUUAACUAUCAUCAACUGCUUCAAGAAAGGUGGCUUCGUUGUUCCCGACCACAACCUACAAGAAGAGCAGAGUGAAGAUGAUACAACUACUCUCACAUAA